AGAGAGACAUGAGCCCAUAAACACAACUCUCUACGUUGUGCGUAACUAGCAGAGCCACGAUGUCCCUUAUUACAGCAACACCACAGGCGCCGCCUGGUAUCGGUAGCCAAGAGUCUGCUCCCAAAACAGAGAUCAACUCGGUUGACAGCAUUGAUGGCUUAAUCGUCAACCGCGCCGUUGCCGCCCCAUUCAAGCCCUUACUUGCAUAUCCCGGGACAGACGGCAAGUAUGUCUACUACACCGCUAGAGAGUUGGACCUCUUCGUGGACCAAGUUGCAAAGUAUUAUGCGCAAUCUGGCUUUGUCCCACAGUCCGGCCGAGGCGAAUCGGAAGUAGUAGCUCUUCUUGGCCCGUCGGACCUCGACUACAUCAUUACGAUGCUAGCUCUGACCCGAAUCGGGUUUUCCGUCCUCCUCCUCUCAAUUCGAUUGUCUAUAGACGCCCACACGGCUCUCCUCGACCAGACGGGAUGUCGCAGGAUCAUACCCGCCUCGAGCUUCGCAGAGACUGUUGGCGAAAUUGCCGAAAGAUAUAGCAUUACGCAGGUCCCCAUGAUAGACAGCUCCGUCUAUAGCAAAACAGACACAGCAGGUGGUCGCUUUCAACGACCCGUUGAAAUUGAAGAUGAGUCGCAAAAAAUUGCAUUCAUCGUCCAUUCGUCCGGCUCUACCGGACUUCCGAAACCGAUAUAUCAUAACCACCGAUGCUGUCUCACGAACUUCUCCGUCGGCAGCGGCAUGAGAGCAUUUGUCACAUUGCCCCUGUACCACAAUCACGGACUGGCGACGUUCUUUCGGGGCGUCACAUACUCUGUUCCGACCGCAUUCUUUAACGCAAAUCUGCCGAUGACACACGAUCAUCUCGUAGCCGCCAUAGAGCAAUUCGGCCCCCAGAGCCUCCACUGCGUCCCGUAUGCGAUCAAGCUUCUCGCAGAGAGCGAGCGCGGCAUCGGCCUGAUGAAGCGAUGCAAGCUUGUCUCGUUCGGCGGAAGCGGGUGUCCCGACGAGCUCGGGGACAGGCUAGUCAAGGCUGGAGUCUACCUAGUCAGUCAUUACGGCGCUACCGAGAUGGGGCAACUCAUGAUAUCUUUCCGAAACGAAGACGACAAGGAGUGGAAUUAUUUGCGACCCCUCCCCAAGGUUGCACCAUAUCUCCGCUUCGUCCCUACGGGCGAGGGCCUAUAUGAGUGCGUCGUUCUCGACGGCCUGCCGACGAAAGUCUGCUCGAACUCGGACGAACCACCGAACUCGUUCCAUACGAGAGACACGUUCAUCCCUCACCCGACAAUCCCCAACGCCUGGAAGUACAUCGGCCGCUUGGACGACCGCGUCACGCUCGUCAACGGCGAGAAGGUCCUGCCGAUUCCGUUCGAACACCGGCUCCGACAGAACGAGCUCGUCGAGGAGGCGCUCAUCUUCGGCGUGGGGAAGGCGUUUCCCGGCCUGCUGAUAUUCCCGAGCGAGAGGGCCCGGGCCAUGAGCCGCGGCGAGCUCCUGGACGCGCUCCAGCCUGCGCUCGCGGCGGGCAACGAGGCCGCGGAGAAAUUCGGGCGGAUCCCGCGGGACAUGGUGGAGGUUCUGCCGUGCGGCACGGCGUACCCGCGCACGGAUAAGGGCACAAUCAUCCGAGCAGCGGCGUACAAGGCCUUCGAGGCCAUCAUCGAGGCCGUCUACGUGCGGUUCGAGACGCACGACGACGCCCGCGACGGCGCCCGCAAGGCUCUCGAUCACCCUGCGCUCGUUGCGUACCUGCUCGAUAUCUUCUCCCGCGAGAUCGGCGUCAAGGGGCUGGCUGAGGAUACCGACUUCUUCGAGCGCGGCACUGAUAGCCUCAUGGCCGUAGCGGCCCGGGCUAGGAUCAUGCGCGAGAUCGAUAUCGGCGGCUCGACCUUGAGCAACAACGUCGUCUUUGAACAUCCGUCCGUGAGGAAGCUCGCGUCUCAUCUAUAUUCGCUGAGGACAGGAAAGGAGUUGGCUCAAGUUGACGAGAUCUCGUUGAUGUCCCGCUUAAUCGCUAAAUACUCGGGCUUCCCCCAGUUUGCUCCUAGUAAUUCGAAGCCUGACGGCGAGGUCGUGUUGCUCACCGGAGCAACCGGAUCACUUGGGGCGCAUAUCCUAUCACAGGUUGUAUCGCUGCAGCAUGUUAGAAAGGUAUACUGCUUGGUCCGGUCGAGAACACCAGAGGAGGCCCAGUCCCGUGUCGUGUCAAGCCUCGAAUCUCGAGGGGUUUUCGUCCCCACUAUCCUGGAUAAAGCUGUCUGUCUACCUAGCGAUUUCAGUCAGGAGUCUCUCGGCCUCGAUCCGUCAGCCUUAGAGGACAUCCGGUCCACUUUGACGACUGUGAUCCACAGCGCAUGGAUGGUAAACUUCAACGUCAGCCUUGGUAGCUUCGAGCGUUCGUGCAUAGCUGGCGUGCACAACAUAAUCAGACUCUGCCUCCAAGUCCCUUUUGAGAAACCAGCCCGGUUCUUCUUCGUCUCCUCUAUAUCGGCUGCCGCGGGCACGCCUCUCCCAGCCACUAUCCGUGAAGCUCACAUAGAGGACGUACGCCAUGCUCAGAAUAUGGGAUAUGCGAGGUCAAAAUUGGUCACGGAGCAUAUUAUCCGAGCAGCGACAAAGAGUACAGGCAUACACGCAAGGGUCCUGCGGACCGGUCAGUUGAUGGGAGACGCGCAGAAUGGCCUUUGGAACCAGACCGAGGCAAUCCCUCUCAUGAUUCAAAGUGCUACGACGAUGGGGGUUCUUCCGACCCUAGACGAGACUCCUUCCUGGCUACCAGUAGACAAGUGCGCUUCGGCGAUCCUCGAGCUCUCUGGCCUUAGCAUCACAGCGAGGGACGAGCUGUCCGAGAACUUCGAUGAGGUCUACCACGUGCUGAACCCGACACUGUUCUCAUGGAGCAGCGAGCUACUGCCCGCGCUGAGGGCCGCCGGGCUCAAGUUCGAGAUCGUACCACAGCGCGAAUGGGUCCGGCGGCUGCGCGAGGACGAUCAGGGCCCCCAGAAGAAUCCGACCGUCAAGCUGCUCGACUACUACGUGGAAAAGUACGACAACGACGCGGCGGGCCGGAGCGCCCUUGCGUUUGAGACGCAGACUACCGCCAAGUACUCUGAGACCAUUAAACAGGGGUUCGAUAUCAUCGGCAGCGGUAUCUUGCAGAAGUGCUUGGAUAAUUGGCAACUGUCAUGGGGCAAACAGUAGGCAAGUUGCCGUACAGCGGGCACCUGAGUCCGUCUU